AUGAGGAGACGAGGCGCCAACGCUCAGCUCGCCGGCACCGCCGCGCUCUUCCUGCUGGUAGCAGCCAUCCCGGCGACGACGGCUGCCGUGUUGCCAUCGGAGGGCGAUGCCCUUUUGGCAUGGAAGGCCAGCCUCGUUGAGGCAGCCGCGCUCUCCAACUGGACCAGGGACGUGCCGGUCUGUAACUGGGUCGGCGUGUCCUGCGACGCCAUUGGACGCGUCUUCGAGCUAAGGCUCGAGGGACUCGAUCUCUUGGGCGGACUCGAUACGCUCGACACCACGGCGUUCCCGGCGCUCGCCGUUCUGAACCUUUGGGGGAACAACCUCCGAGGGGCCAUCCCGGCAAGCAUUUCGCUGCUGCGUUCCCUCGUAUCACUCAACCUCAGCAACAACAGUUUCAACAGCUCCAUCCCACCGCAGCUCGGCGACAUCGCCGGCCUCCAGACCCUCAACCUCCGCAACAACAGCCUUUUCGGAGACAUCCCGCGCCAGCUCUGCAGGCUCCUUCCCGUCAGGGAACUCGACCUGUCAAACAACCAGCUCACGGGGAACCUCCCGGAUUGUUGGUGCAAGCUCAAGGCUCUGCAGUACAUCAACUUGUCAAAAAAUCGGCUCAUCGGCAACCUGCCGAACUGCUGGUGCAAACUCCAGGCUCUGCGAUACAUCAACCUGUCAAAAAACUGGCUCGCCGGGAAUCUCCCGGACUGCUGGUGGAAUCUGCAAGCUCUGCAUUUCAUGAACCUAGCCAAUAACUCCUUCUCAGGUGAAAUCCCCGUGACUAAGGCAAACCACAACUGUUCUCUCACCGUCCUAAAACUUAACAAAAAUGCCUUUGUUGGAACCAUCCCACACCUAGAGGGUUGUGACUCGCUGGCAACCCUCGACCUCAGCCACAAUAUGUUCAACGGCUCCAUCCCACCACAACUCGGUGAUAUCCGUAGCCUCAUCAACCUCCAGCUCUACAAUAACAACCUCACUGGGGCCAUCCCGCACCAGCUCUGCGGGUUCCUCUCCAUGAGAAUACUCUAUUUGUCAAACAAUCGGCUCACCGGGAACCUCCCGGACUGCUGGAGGAAUCUACAGGCUCUGCAGCUCAUGGACCUAUCCAGGAACUCCUUCACAGGUGAAAUCCCCGCGACUAAGGCAAGUCACAACUGCUCUCUCAUGUACCUAAACCUCGCCAAAAAUGCCUUUGCUGGGACCUUCCCACACCUAGAGGGAUGCAACUCGCUGAUCGCCCUCGUCCUUGGCAACAAUAGGUUCCACGGCUCCAUCCCACCACAGCUCGGCAACAUGCAAAACCUCGUCAGCCUCCAACUCUACAAAAACAAGCUCAUCGGUGACAUCCCUCAGCAGCUCUGCGGGCUACUCUCCAUCAUGGUACUUGAUCUAUCAGACAACCGGCUCACCGGGGACCUCCCAGCGUGCUGGUGCAAUCUCAAGGCUCUAUGGUUCAUGGACUUGUCCAAAAACCGGCUAACUGGGAAGCUCCCGGGCUGCUGGUGGAACCUGCAGGCUCUAGAGUUUAUGGACCUGUCUGACAACUCCUUCUUAGGUGAAAUCCCUCUCGCAAAGGCAAGCCAAAACUGCUCUCUCAAGUCAUUGCAUCUUGCCAGAAAUGGCUUUGCUAGUGUCUUCCCACAGGUCCUAAGGGGAUGCAAUUCACUGGUCACCCUAGACAUCGGGAACAAUAGGUUCUUUGGUGCUGUCCCUCCAUGGACCGUGAUUCAUUUUCCAUCAUUGAGAAUCCUUAGCCUCAGAUCAAACAACUUCACUGGAGAAAUUCCUUUGGAGCUUUCGCGACUUUCACAGCUUCAAUUGCUCGACAUGGCAAACAAUAGCUUUGUUGGAUCAAUUCCAUUAUCCUUCGGAAACUUGACCUCUAUGAGGGAUCCAAAAAAUAUGCCAACUCUGAGACCACUCCACGGAAUGAAAUUUUGGGAUAGGAUCAACAUAACCUGGAAGGGGCAAGAUAUAAUUUUCCAUAAAGCACUCAAGUUACUAAUUGGUAUCGAUUUGUCAGACAAUUUAUUUUCUCGAUGCAUCCCUGAAGAGCUAACCAAACUUCAAGGCAUCCAAUUCCUGAAUCUAUCAAGAAAUCACCUGUCAUGCAGCAUUCCUGAAGACAUCGGCAAUUUGAAUUUGCUCGAGUCCCUUGAUCUAUCAUCUAAUGGACUUACAGGAGCAAUUCCCCUAAGCAUGUCGAGCUUAUCAUGGCUAAACACGUUGAAUGUCUCAAACAAUCUUUUGUCGGGCAAGAUACCGACUGGGAGUCAAAUGCAAACCCUGACUAACCCAUCGAUUUACUCCAACAAUUCUGGGCUCUGUGGAUUUCCUCUUGACAUGUGUGCAGAUACUUUGCUUUCACCAAAUGAGAGAAAUGGCGAAGAUGAGGAUCCGUGGUUGUGCUAUUGGGUGAUUGCCGGGAUUGUGUUUGGUUUCUGGCUAUGGUUUGGUAUGCUCUUUAGAGUUAAGGCUUGGAGAUGUGCUUUUCUCUUCUUUGUGGAUGGUGUGCAAUGUAACAUUAUGAAGAAGGUAUCACGUUAG